GUUUGGGUGUUAAAUCAGGACAAGUAGAACAAAGUACAGAGUUCAACAAGUUUUUUUAACAACGGCGUAUGCCUUGUGAACAACUGUUUUUCCAAGAUGGCGGAAGUGUUUGUGAUUGGUAUAGUUGGAAUCGUAGUAUUUUACCUCUUGAUCCUUGGUCUUGGUAUAUGGGCGGCAAGACGAAGGAAAGAAGGUGAAGAAGAGGCCAUGUUGGCCGGACGGAACAUUGGAGUCUUUAUUGGAACGUUCACGAUGACUGCGACGUGGGUCGGCGGAGGGUACAUCAACGGUACUGCUGAGAUCGUGUAUGGCAGUGGAUUGGUUUGGGCACAAGCACCCUGGGGGUAUGCACUGAGCCUGGUUGUAGGUGGCUUGGCGUUCGCUAAAAUCAUGCGAGACAGAAAAUACAUGACAAUGCUUGAUCCGUUUCAAGAGAAGUACGGUCUACGAAUGGGUGGCCUUCUUUACAUCCCCGCCCUCAUGGGAGAGAUAUUCUGGAGUGCUGCCAUCUUGUCUGCUCUCGGUGCUACCGUCAGUGUGGUUGUUGGGCUGGGCAAACAGUUGUCAGUCAUCGUGUCAUCGUGUAUCGCUGUGUUCUAUACUCUUAUUGGUGGAUUAUACUCUGUGGCCUACACUGAUGUUAUCCAGCUUAUUUGCAUAUUUGUUGGACUGUGGCUUAGUCUUCCAUUUGCCAUGACGAAUGAAGCAGUGACCAAGGUAUCUGACACUUCAUCUUCUUGGCUGGGCGAAUGGCCUGAGAACCCUGGUCUAUGGAUUGACUUUGCUCUACUUCUGAUCUUUGGUGGCAUUCCAUGGCAAGUUUACUUUCAACGUGUCUUGGCAUGCAAAACGUCUGGUAAAGCACGGGGCCUUUCUUUAGCUGCUGCGUCCGGAUGUAUCGUGAUGGCUAUACCUGCUGUAUUGAUAGGAGCAGUAGGAUCCUCAACAGACUGGACUAAAACUGAUUUCUAUACCAAUGGAAAUAACAGCACCCAAGCUACCAAACCAGAAGGACUUCUUAUCCUCCCGAUGGUUUUACGUCACCUUACGCCUAACUAUAUAUCGUUCUUUGGUCUUGGGGCGGUGUCUGCUGCCGUUAUGUCGUCUGCAGACUCCAGCAUCUUGUCUGCAGCCAGCAUGUUUUCCUACAACAUCUAUAGGCUCAUCUUCAGGCAAGAGGCAUCAAGCACGGAGGUGCUUUGGGUGAUGCGGAUCGCAAUUUUUAUAGUAGGUGCUAUAGCAACAAUCAUGGCUCUGACCGUCGAUUCCGUAUACACUCUGUGGGCCUUGUGUAGCGAUGUUGUCUACGUGACCCUCUUCCCUCAACUCUGUUGCGUCAUCUACUUCACCAAGACCAACACAUAUGGAUCAUUCGUUGGUUUUCUCGUUGGGAUACUACUCCGUGUCCUGGGAGGGGAGCCGUCACUUAAGAUCCCGGUGAUAAUCAAAUUCCCGUACUAUAACGAAACCGACGGCCAGCUUUUCCCGUUUCGCACCUUGGCAAUGGUUUGCGCGUUUGUUUCUAUUCUCGUUGUUUCUUAUUUGUUCAGGAUUCUUUUCCUGAAGAGCAUUCUCCCCACCUGGAUGGAUUUCUUACACUGUUUUAGAGAAUACCGACUCCAUGAGAUAGAAAUGCUUGAGCAAUCUUACAUAAAAAAGAAAAAUGAUGGAAUGUGAUCAUUUUCCCUCUUAUCCUUCUGCCUUUUUAGUCAUUAGUUUUUAUUCCCUUUUAUGAGGGUCAUUUUAUUUCAAGUUCAAAAGUUGCCGACCUCGAUCUAACUGCGUUCAGUUGGUCAGUAUAUUCAAGACCUCUAGCACUGUUUUUCCCUGUCUGGACCUCCUGGCCGGUAAAUAACCACUAUGUAAAUCCUGAUUUUCCGGCAUUUAUAAACUAAUUUAAAAAUUUUCGAAGAUUCUUAAUAUUUAACCAUACAAUGAAUAAUAAACAUAAUAAACACAAUACUCUCUUAAGGAUAAAA